GUUGCGAGCUUCUCCUUGCCCUUUACCAUCGGUAUCGAACUGAUCUUCUAGCUUGACAAGCCACCAAUAGGGAACUGAAAUCGGUACAAAAACUCAAGGGAGUCGAGUGUCGAGUGUGAAGGGCGGCGGACGAACAUGCGGACCAGAGUGACUUGGCAGCACUUGAAUCCUCCCGUACAGCCGCACAGCCAGCUGUCCAUCUCUUCGACAUCAACAAGAUGUCCACAGACCGGAUCCGUGUCUUAGUGACAGGCGGCUGCGGCUUCCUCGGCACAGAGAUCGUCUCUGCGCUUGUUGCUACGAAGCGCUUCGAUCUCACAGCCAUCGACAUCAACCCGCCCGCGUUGGGAACCUUGACGUUCACGCAGGACGUCCGAUACGUUCGUGCUAACGUUCUGGACCGCGAAGCUCUUCAAAAAGUCUUCGAUGAAGCAAGACCUGCUAUAGUGGUACACACAGUCGGUGUGUACCGCUUAGGCUCCGCGCGUUAUUCGAUGAAAAACAAGGAAGGCGAAUUCAGAAUCAAUGUCGAGGGGACGCGGAAUGUGCUUGAGGCAAGCAAAGAAUGCGGUGCAAAAGGGAUGGUGUAUACGAGUAGCGUUACGGUGGUGUUAGACGAGUUAGGAAAAGACUUCAAAAAUGUCAAUGAAGAGUGGCCAACUGGGAGAGCGACGACGAGUUAUGGACAGAGUAAGACUAUAGCCGAAGACCUCGUUCUUUCCGCCUCGACCCCGGACCGCUCAUUCGCGACCUGCUCGCUCCGCUCCGCCCCGAUAUUCGGUCCCAAUGAUCCAACCGUCAUCCCGAGAUUGCACGCCUGCAUCGCGGGCUGCCAAACGCCCUUCAUUCUCGGCGCCUCCGCCUCCAAUCUGCAAGACUACGUGUACGUCACCAACGUAGCAGACGCGCACGUCCUCGCCGUCGCCAACCUGCUCAACUCCCAGACCGCAGCAGGUCAAGCCAUCUUCAUCACGAAUGGCCAGCCAGUGCCGCUUCGCCACAUCUGUCUCAGUGUUUGGCGCGAGUUUGGGCACAUUCCGUCUUUUGAGAUUAGUGUUCCGGAGGGGAUGGCGUGGUGGAUGGGACUUGGUGCUGAAGUUGUGGAGUGGGCGACGGGUGUGGAAAGUGGGUUGAGCAGGGGGAUUGUGGACGAUGCAUGUCGUGACCGGUAUGUUAGCAUACACAGAGCGAUGAGGGUGUUGGGAUACAAGCCUAAAGUUAGUUUGGAUGAGGGAAUUCGGCGUAGUUGUGAGUGGUAUAAGGGAGUGGUUAGAAGACGGUCCGUGAAGAAGGAGAAUGGGGGCUGGUCGUGAUGAAGCAAGCCAAUAAUUUUUGGGUGGCUGCACGAUGCACCCAAAGGUCUUAAUAACACUGUACGCACAACAUUGAGGU